UUAGAAUAUUUUGAUCCUAACCUAAAAGUGAUUGUUUUGACUAUUUUGUUUUUGUUCUUUUGUUACAAAGUCAAGAAAUUUUAAGAAAUUAUUAGUCCUUGUUACCUCUGGGCAUCUGAAACUUUAAAUUAUUUCAUGAAAUGUCUUACCAAAUAAUUAGAGAUCGGAAUGGAUGGAUAAUUAACGAAGAGGGCGAGGUGUUAAUAAGGGAUAUAGAAAACCAAGCAGACAUAUGGGUACAAAAUAAUUUAAUAUCAUUUGAUGAACAUGAAAGGCCCCGUUUAAAAGUUUUUAAUGAAACUAGUUCACAAACGUCAGAAGAAACACUAAGCUUUUACCAUAUAGAUAGAGAUAAUGAAAGUGUUGAUGAAACAGGGGAAAAUGGUCUACAGUCCAAAAUAACUGUAAAUGAUUGCUCACUAACUCCAGGUACCUCUGAAAAUGACUCAAUUUGGAGUGAAAAUGAGACUAGGAGGUUGAUUACAUUAUAUGCCGAACAUCAAGAUGACAUAAAACAUGCAGAGAAAAAGAAAUUUGUAUGGGACAUCAUCUCUGAAAGAAUGGUGGAAAAACAAUUUCAGAAAACGGCAGCAAAGUGUCAAAGAAAAUGGAUAAAUCUUUGCAGAGUAUAUAGGUCUAUAAAAGAUCAAAAAAAAUCAAAUCAGUCAGGACGUGGUAGAAAAACUCCUUUUAUAUUUUAUGAUGCCUUGGAUGAAAUACUGGGUGAGCUUCCGUCAAAUAGCCAAAAUUAUAAUGUAGAUGUUGCAGCAUUAUCAUCUGAAACAGAAUUGGAAAUUGUGAACGAUGAAACCACAGAAAGCAAUCAUUCAACAGAUAUAACAAAUGAUUUAAUCACAGAAAAUCAAAAUGUACAACCAACAAAUCCAGCAAUUAACAAAAAACGCAAAAAUUACACGCAAGAAUAUUUCAAAUCAAAAAUUAAUUAUCAUAAAAUGAAAGAAAUAGAACGAGAGCAGAGAAACACUAGGCACAAAGAGAAGAUGGAGUUAGAAAACAAAAAACUAGAAAUUGAACAAAAAAAAGUUAAUAUUUUACAAGAACUGUUAGUAUAUACAAAAAGAAAUGAUAAAAACUGAUAGCU